CUUCUCCUGAAUGAAGCCCGAGUUCCUUGGAUCUGCAGCCUGGAGGUCGAAAGAAAGUGGUCAAAGUAGACUGAGAACUUAGGGGAACGUCUCAGCUUGAGUGUCUCAUGCCUGCCGCGGCCAGAGCGAAGGCCUGCUGAGGCUGCUGCGACACUCGCCGCCGGCAAAUCGACAUCGCCCCGUCAUCAUCCCCGCAAACUCUAUCUGAUGACCCACUUCCGCUUUUGCUCCGUCCAAAGCCACCACCACCCACAAGCCUCUUUCGAUAUACGCUUCGACUUGAUCUCGCCGUCUCUCGUAUAGCAGUCCUCCGAACAUGUCUCCCAAUUUGACUUUCCUAGAGAGAUUCGAGUCUGUUUCCAAAGUACAAGCUGCUCUUGUGCUUGCUCAUCCAGAUCUCCCUGCCAGCCAUAUCCAAAGCAAAGCUACAGAUGUAGAGCAAGCUAUCUUCGACGGUUCGGAACAUGUGCAAGAUUACCAAUCUCGCAUUGAUUCUGUAGUCGGUGAUUUGUCUUCGAGCUCGAGCGUUCGUGAGCAAGCCAACGACUUGAUUGAGGAAGCCCCUCUGGUGCUGUCCACCUCUGGCGUGACCAUUGGUCGUUACACAAACGCUACACAUCAUAACGACGGUUUGUUCUCUGAAGUCUACAAGGCUACAGCUGGAGAUAACUGCGGCAUCACACCGAAGACACAGGGGCAUCAGUACCAUCCCUGCCUAGUUGCUCUCAAGGUCACAAAUCCAUCUGCCACGGAACCACCUCAUGACUCUGUGCGAGAGGUGCGACUGCUGGAAAAAGCUCGCCACCCCUUUGUCGUAGAGCUUGUCGAGAGUUUCUCACAAGCUGGUGGUCGACUCGUCCUAGCGUUCCCGUUCAUGCCAUAUACCCUCGACGAUCAACUCAGAAAGGGCAAAUUGCAUCCGACCCAUCAAAAGGCCAUUCUCUCACAGUUGUUGCAAGGUCUUGAGCACAUACAUGAUUGCGGUAUCAUCCAUCGAGACGUAAAGCCGUCUAACAUCCUGCUCAGAAGCCCAGCUGGUCCAAUUUACAUAUCAGAUUUCGGUAUCGCAUGGUCUGCUGAUGACCCUUCGUCUGAACCUGCAAGGGAAAAGAUCAUGGAUGUGGGUACAACGAGCUACCGCCCUCCAGAGCUCAUGUUCGGCAACCAAUGGUAUGAUACGAGUCUUGACAUGUGGGCUGCUGGAUGCGUGGCCGCUCAAGUGGUGAGUCUGGGUCCUCGGACUUUGUUCGACUCUGGUGAUCUCGGGAGUGACCUUGCCCUGAUCAAGAGUAUCUUUUCGACACUCGGUACCCCUAACCUCGACAUCUGGCCUGAAGCCAAAACUUUGCCGGACUGGGGCAAGAUGGCCUUUGUACAAUAUCCUCCAAAGGCCUGGACAAAUAUCCUUCCCGGAACUCCCUCGAUAGCGAUAGAACUAGUGCAAAGGAUGAUCGUAUAUGAGAGCGGCAAUAGAUUAAAAGCUGACGAGUGGCGGAAGCAAAGCUUCUUUGAGUAGAGGUUUAGCCUGUAGAGUCGAAUUCUCUAUGCUCGAAGGAAAGAGUCCGUAGUCUUGAGUUAUAUCCGACGACACCCUGUCAUACAGAUAAUCAUGCUCCGAUUCAAUGUAGGCUUCGUCGAGCGCGAGAAGUCAUGAUCUAU